AUGACCUCUCAGCAGGCCAGGGGGAAUGGUACCAGUCUGCCAGAUGGCAGACAGGACUACAUGCAAGCCCCCUUGCCAGAGGCUACAUCAAGCCUUGAAAUACGGUUGUGUGGCAGUGGGAGAAGAAGCGGAGCGGCCGUUGGCUUUGGUUAUGUUGAAGUGGUCCCCGACUUCGCCCAGCAGACGGAGCUAGAUGAAAUUACUACGAAAACUGAACUGACCACAAAGCCUGCCCAAAAUACUACCACAAGAUCUCUUGAACUUACUAUAGAGCCUAUUCACCAUACUCCAAAUUCACUUCAGCAAACAACUAUAGGACCUGCUCAGCAGACAUCAGUACCAGUUGAAGUUACCACAAAGCCUAUUCAGCAGACAACUUUAUAUCCAGUUGAAGUUACCACAAAGCCUGUUCAGCAGACAACUUCAGUACCAGUAGAAGUUACCACAAAGCCUAUUCAGCAGACAACUUUAUAUCCAGUUGAAACAACCUUAGUACCAGUUGAAGUUACCACAAAGCCUGUUCAGCAGACAACCUUAGUGCCAGAUGAAGUUACCACAAAGCCUCCUGUUCAGCCGACAACCUCAGUACCACUUGAAGUUACAACAAAGCCUAUUCAGCAGACAACUUCAGUGCCAAUUGAAGUUACCACAAAGCCUGUUCAGCAGACAACUUCAGUACCAGUUGAAGUCACCACAAAGCCUGUUCAGCCGACAACUUCAGUACCAGUUGAAGUUACCACAAAGCCUGUUCAGCAGACAACUUUAUAUCCAGUUGAAGUUACCACAAAGCCUGUUCAGCAGACAAAUUCAGUGCCAGUUGAAGUUACCACUAAGCCUGUUCAGCAAACACCUUCAGUGCCAGUUGCAGUUACCAUAAAGCCUGUUCAGCAGACAACCUCAGUACCAGUUGAAGUUACCACUAAGCCUUUUCAGCAGACAACUUCAGUACCAGUUGAAGUUACUACAAAGCCUGUUCAGCCGACAACUUCAGUACCAGUUGAAGUUACAACAAAGCCUGUUCAGCCGACAACCUCAGUACCAGUUGAAGUUACCACAAAGCCUAUUCAGCCGACAACUUCAGUGCCAGUUGAAGUUACCACAAAGCCUGUUCAGCUGACAACCUCAGUACCAGUUGAAGUUACCACAAAGCCUAUUCAGCAGACAAUUUCAUUGCCAGUUGAAGUUACCACAAAGCCUACUACUUCAGUGCCAGUUGAAGUCACCACAAAGCCUGUUCAGCCGACAACUUCAGUACCAGUUGAAGUUACCACACAGCCUGUUCAGCAAACAACUUUAUAUCCAGUUGAAGUUACCACAAAACUACAUCAGUGCCAGUUGAAUCACCACAAAGCCGUUCAUCAGACAACUUCAGUUGCCAGGUAUGAAGUUACCAACAAAACCUGUUCAUCAGACAACUUCAGUGCCAAUGAAGUUACCACAAAGCCAAUUCAGCCGACAACAUCAGUACCAUUGAAGUCACCACAACAGCCCUGUUCAGCAGUCAACCUCAAUCCAGUUGAAGUUACCACAAAUCCUGUUCAGCAGACAACUUUCAUACAGUUGAAGUUACCACAAAGCCUGUUCACCGACAGACCUCAGUACCUUGAAGUUACCACAAAGCCUGUUCAGCCGACAACCUCAGUACCAGUUGAAGUUACCACAAAGUCUAUUCAGCCGACAACUUCAGUGCCAGUUGAAGUUACCACAAAGCCUGUUCAGCAGACUACUUCAGUGCCAGUUGAAGUUACCACAAAGCCUGUUCAGCCGACAACUUCAGUGCCAGUUGAAGUUACCACAAAACCUGUUCAGCAGACAACUUCAGUGCCAGUUGAAGUUACCACAAAGCCUAUUCAGCCGACAACCUCAGUACCAGUUGAAGUCACCACAAAGCCUGUUCAGCAGACAACCUCAAUACCAGUUGAAGUUACCACAAAGCCUGUUCAGCAGACAACUUCAGUACCAGUUGAAGUUACCACAAAGCCUGUUCAGCCGACAACCUCAGUACCAGUUGAAGUUACCACAAAGCCUGUUCAGCAGACAACUUCAGUACCAGUUGAAGUUACCACAAAGCCUGUUCAGCAGACAACUUCAGUGCCAGUUGAAGUUACCACAAAGCCUGUUCAGCUGACAACUUCAGUACCAGUUGAAGUUACCACAAAGCCUGUUCAGCAGACUACUUCAGUGCCAGUUGAAGUUACCACAAAGCCUGUUCAGCCGACAACUUCAGUACCAGUUGAAGUUACCACAAAGCCUGUUCAGCAAACAACUUUAUAUCCAGUUGAAGUUACCACAAAGCCUACAUCCACUACUACGCCUGUGCCUUUUACCACACUACCUCCUGGCAGUGCAAAUCUCCUUUUCACUUAUGCAAACUUUUCAGCCAUCCUCGGAUCUUCCUUCAUCCUGUCUUCGCACGCUAGCCUCGCACAUCAGUACAAGGUCCCGCCCCCUCCCGGCGGCCCGAACAGCGGGGGCGCCUUCCUCUUGGGCGCCAAGAGUUUCGCUUGUCUGGACACACUCUGGAUGAAGAGGUCGUCAUCUAUAGUCAUCAGACUUGCGUUCUGGUGCGGCAGAAACGACUCUCACCUCCAGAUAUCCAAUUCCUGUGAUUACACCUCUCUGCAGUUGUGCGAGAACAAGACUGGGCGCUGGAAUCAGACCGUUCUCAUUAAGGAAUGCCAGCCAUUUGCACCUGAUCCACUGAAUAUCGACUUUUGUGGGAUAGUCAAGUACGAUGAAACUUCUGUUGGAUUUGAAUACAUCGAGAUAAUCCUGCACGAGGCUGAAAGCUACGACCCACCAAAUCACUAG